UCGAGUAUAUACUGUCCAGUUGCAUUAAAUUAUAGCUGCUGUGCAUCAAAACUUCAUUAACUGACGUGAAUCAGAACUAUGGCAUCCAAGCCCACCACAGAGUCUUUAUUGGAUGGCUAUGAAGUUGUGGCUGUAAAUCAAGGAGGUGCACAAGCAGACAUUAACCGCACACACCAAGAGGGAAAUGAUCUUAUAACUCGAGAGAAAACGCAAAAAGAUCCUAAAAAACGAAAAUUGGGAGAAGUAAAACUUCCUCCAUCUAUACCACUUGUCAGACACGAUCAAGAAAGCAAAUCAAUUGUUGUGGACAAGGAAGCUGUGAAAUUUUUAAAUCAUAUUACAAAACCGGUUGCUGUUCUGGGCAUAUGUGGCCCUUAUAGAACUGGAAAGUCAUACUUCUUGUCACAAGUGUUAGGUGGAGAUGAUUUCACAGUUAGCCACUCCAGGGAUCCAUGCACCAAAGGAAUCUGGAUGUCCACUAAUGUAUUAGAAUUUGAUGACCACACCCUAAUACUACUCGAUACAGAGGGUAUAGGUGCUGCUCAGGCAAGCGAGAGCUCCUCCAAAGAGGAAGUGACAGGUAUCCUCAUUCUUGUCACUCUACUGAGCUCGUGUUUGAUAUACAAUACCAAGGGUGGAGCAUUUACUGAAUCAGACGUGCAGCAAAUGAGCUGCUUUGCAAAGCUAUCCCAAUCAGUGAUGAUAAGUGAAUCUCUACACGAUGAUUUGCAUGAGAACAAUCUCAAGAAUUACUUUCCUAAUUUUCUGUGGCUGAUGAGAGAUUCUGAUUUUGAAUGUAAAGAUGACAAUGGAGAAGAGAUUUCGCCUACUGAUUAUCUUUUCCAAAAAAUUUUAGUAACAAACAAUACAGGUGAUAAGCCACUAAGCACCAGAGACAGAGCUGUCAGCAGUAUACGAGCAAUUUUCCCCAAAAUCCAGUGCCUGGAUAUCCCAUCACCAGGUUCAGGUAUUUCAAACCCGAAGAAAGAGCAUCUUAUUGACCCAGACUUUCAUACAAGUAUAAAUAAAGCUAAGAGAUAUGUAGUUACCAACACACCCGUGAAGCUAGGUUUCAAUAAAUCUACAAAAUUAAACGGACCAAUGUUGGCUACUUUACUACAUGAGUAUGUGGAUGUUCUCAACAAACCAGGCACCGUUCCAAACCUGGAGGUUAGCUAUCAGAAGGCAGUUGAAGCAACACUUACAGAAACAGCACAUCGCCUAGCUAAAAACUACAGCAAGCAAAUGAGCUAUCUUUUAGAUCCGAUACCUCCUUUAGAAGAAGGAGACAUUGAAAAUCUUAAACAUACACAUUCUGUACGACUUGAAGAAAGCUUAAAUGAGGAUAUUUUAAAAACAUGUAGAGCUCCAAUUGAAAGCGUGAAAAAGACAGAUGCACUAUUUGAAGUACAUGAAAAAGUUUAUACAGAUCUACUAAAGUUUUUCACAAUUGAGCUACAUAGACUGAUUCCAAAAGCAGCACACACAGAUGAAACACUUCUAAAGGAUGAACAAACAAGAAAGAGACAAUUGUUACAGAGAUUUGAGCAAUUAAUAUUUACGGUAAUAACAGACCCAGAGAAAAAAGAAUGUUUGGGGGGAUAUAUAUCUCAUUUUGCCAAGCUCAAUACAGAGAAGUCUGAAAGCAAAUGUAAGGAUGUUUUUGAAAAGAUCUACAAGUGCUACAUAACAGAAGCACAUACAGGAGCACCGGAAAGGGAAAUUUUGUAUGCAGAGUAUUCUGAAGAAGCAGUGGGACCAGCAAAGGACAAAGUUUUUCAAAAGUUGUCAUCUCAAAUUCCUGGACCUCCACAAAAUGUGAACUUAGAGACUCAAAUAUUAUAUUGGGAGAAACCGCUAGUAAACGCUGAUGCUAUCAACUCCUAUUACAUUGAAUGGCAAAGAGAAGGAGGUGACACUAAACGAGAAAAGACCCACAAUAAUAAUUAUUUUAAACUUGAACAUUUAAAACCUAAAACCAACUACUCUAUUAAAGUUCAAGGAUUUAAUGAUUCUAAAAAUAGGUAUGGUGAAUAUAGCGCUGUGUAUACAUUUCAGACAAAGGCAGACAAACCUGAAAAACCAAAGAUGCCCAAAAUUAUUCCAAAAACAGAGGAAACAGCCAUGCUUAUAAUUACAAUGUUAUCAGAAGCAGAACAAAAUGGAAGUCCAGUCUCCAACAUCAUUAUCAGCAGAUGUAGUGACAAAAAUUCAACUUGGGAAGUUCAAACUUUUCCAGUAGAUUCUUCUCAAGGAGAGUUUCAGGCACUAGAGGUUGACAUAACUUGUAAAAACAAUGAGCAAAAAUUGUGGCUUCAAGUUCAAUUUAAGAAUGAAGCUGGAGUAAGCGAACCGAGUGAAAGUGCCCUACUGGAAAUAACCGACAUGAUACCAGGAAAACCAGAGAACAUUAAAACCAUUGCUAAAGCUAGACAAAUUCAUGUGACUUGGGAUCCCCCAAUAAAUAACCCAGGAGCAGUAAACCACUAUGUAAUUCAAUGCUGGCAAAUGAGAGAUGAUCAAGAACUGUCUUCUUGCGAGUCAGACAAAAAAACGAGGCACGAUAAGAGAUCUGUGUUAAUAAAAUCACUAAGGCCAUAUACGAAAUACAACAUUCACGUCAAUGCUAGAAACCACAGAAACAAUACGGUCACAAAUGGUUAUGGUACUUUAGAUGUGCAAACACUAGCUGACGUUCCAGACAAACCACACCCUCCAACUAUCAGGGUGACCUCAGCUAGAGAAGCAAUGAUAACAUUCUAUCGACAAAAGCCUAACGAAGAAAACGGGAGCCAAGUUAACAAUAUUGCUAUUGAGCAACAAACUAAACACAAAGAACAAGCUACAAAAUGGACUGUAGUGAAAGAACACCUACUGAUAGAUUCAGGUCAGAGUGAUAAAUCAAAUCUCAGUGUGCCUGUUGAAUUAAUCAACUUCACUGAACCUUGUAUUAGCUGCUAUCGUGUUGUAACUGUCAAUUCAAUUGGAAGAAGUGAACCAAGCCAAGCAGUAGAGGUACACCCUGAAAGUAUAAUUCCUGGAUCGCCGGAGAGGCUUAAAGAAACUACAAUUGAAAGCAAUUCUAUAACCAUUUCUUGGAAAAAACCAAAAGUUAACCCACUAGUAUCAAAACAAUACCAGAUAAAGUACAAAGAAGUCGAGGGGAAAAAAUGGAGUUUGGAAAAAGCAAAUGCAAGUGGCAUACGUUCAUAUGAAGUAUCUGAGCUUCGACCCAACACUGAGUACACUUUCACUGUACAAGCUCUAAACGAAACCUUAAUGUCAGAGGAAGCUACUUUACUUGUACGCACACCACCCUCUGUACCAGCAAAGCCAAAGCCACCAAUUGUGACACCAGAAGGAGAAGAAUUCACAUUGAAGGCACAUCUACCACCAGUUAAAGAUAGUGGGAGAGAAGUUACUCACCUUCAUGUUCACUACUAUGGUAAAAGUUGCGAUAGUCCCCAAAAAACAAUUGACUAUAUAGUUGAACACCAAGCAUCAGUACAAAACAAUUCUCACGAGCAACAAGUACAACUGAACAUCGAUGACACUUGCUGGAUAAGUAUUAGUCUAAGUAAUGAGGUUGGAGAGAGUCAAGAAAGUGAUCUAGUUGCUAUAUCUCCUGCCGAUGUGAUUCCCGGAUUUCCCGAUAAAUUGGAAUGCACACCAGAUGCUAGAAAUGUCAAGCUAUCAUGGAACGUGCCACAAAAAAAUGGAAAUGCAGCUAAACAUUAUGAGGUUCUCAUUAAAAACACAAAAAAUCAGAAAUGGGAAACUAAAAAUGUCUCAAUCCAUCAAAAAAGGCUUAACGAAACCCUUUCUUAUGAAGCGACAGUAAAUGACCUCAGUCCAAUCACAACAUAUCACCUUGGUGUACGAGCGAUUAAUAACACAUCUCGUAUUGGAAACAUUUCUGAAUUAGUGGCCAGAACAACAAGUGCUCCCCCAGACAAGCCUCUUAAACCAAUAGCAGUUGAACCUAUUACAGGAGAUCCAUUACGGGCCAAUCUUAAGCUCAAAAUGCUAUCAAAAGAACAAAUGAACGGAAGCGCCGUAGAGAGUGUGAUUAUUGAAUGUGAGUUCAACAAGAAACCAGUCGAACUAACUGCUGAGCAACAGGUUGAAAACACAAGUACAAUGUUGGAAAUUGACCUACCUAAUCUACGAGACCCUAAAAUAAAAACAUACUCAUUCUGCAUUCGAAUGAAAAAUGGGGAAGGGGAGAGCCCUCCAAGUGAUGCGUUCAUGUUACCAAUUUCAGAACUACAACCAGGUUCACCUAAGAACAUAAAGAUCUCAGAAAUCACAGCACACACGUUAAAAGUGCAAUGGGAAGAACCUGCUAUCCAUCCAGCACUUGUUACACACUAUAACAUUGAAUACAACGCAGUUCAAACUGACCGAUUUGACAAAAACACUAUUACAGUGAAGAGUGAAGUAAAAGAAUAUAUAAUCUCGAAACUGCGUUCCUAUCAACAGUACUGCAUCAAAGUUAUUGCCACCGCUGCAAAACACAGCGAGCCGAUACAAACUAAUGCCAUAACAAAAGAGAUUUAUCCCGGUGCCCCUACUUCUCUAAUGGUCGAGAAAAUAAGUGAUAUCAGUGUCAAAGUUGGAUGGAGAAAGCCAAAAGAAAGACCUGAAGAGGUAUGUUUCUAUAAGGUAGAGUUGAGAGAAGGCAACUGCACAAACGCUGCAAAAGCAAACAUUUCCGAGGUGAAAAACGAGCGACGUUCUCUAGGAUACUCGACAGUUUUUGAAAAUCUGGAUCCUUUUACAACCUACACGGUUAGUGUAAGCUCUUACAAUAACAACAAUGCAACACACACGGAUGCUAUGGAAUGCUUGACGUUAUCAACUAAGAUGAGCACUCCUGCUAAAGUAGCACUUGGGAUACUUUCAGCACCCACAGUAGUUGGUCCAAUUAUCAUAGCUAUUACACAAGCAAGAGACGAAAACAUUAAUCCGUCAGAUGAUGAAUUCGAUGACGAAUUAGACACACAUACAAGUGCCGCAGAAAAUUAAAGCAUACAAUUAUUAUGACUGUGCAUGUAGAACUGUUGAGUGAUCAUAAUUAUUUUUAGUUAUAGUUUAGGUAUAAUUAUAUAAUUAUACAUAAUUAUACUAGUUUACACAAAACACUAAUAUUAGUACACAAACGACUCUUACACAUUUUAGAAUUACAGUAGACUCUCAUUAAAGAGAGAUAGGCUUUUUGCUGUAGAGAUAAAAAAUGUUUGUGUUACAAGUAACAUGUAUAACUAAUCAUGUAUAUAAUUA